GCCGUGCUAGGAGAAGUCACAAGCUGAUCAGUAUCCAGACAUCAUCUUGUGGUUAAACCAAAAAUAACAAAAAAAUAACAAAAUGAAAAUCGCCGUGUUCUUCGCAUUUACACUCGCUUUCGCAUCUGUUCAAUCCUCUCCCCUGUUGGGUGGUUUGAUAAGCGGUAUAUCGAAUGGAGUUAGUGGUGUCUUAAAUAAUGCCGCUGAUGCAGUUGGCACUGUUGGUAACGCUGUAGGAGGUGCUGUUGAUAAUGUAGGCUCCGCUGUAGGAGGCGCUCUCGGUAAUGUUGGCAGCGCUGUAGGAGGCGCUCUCGGUAAUGUUGGCAGCGCUGUAGGAGGCGUUCUUGGUAAUGUUGGCAACGCUGUAGGAGGCGCUGUUGAUAAUGUUGGCAACGCUGUAGACAAUGCUGUUGAUAAUGUUGGCAACACUGUAGGAGAUGCUGCUGAUAAUGUCGGCAACACUGUAGACAAUGCUGUUGAUAAUGUUGGCAACACUGUAGACAAUGCUGUUGAUAAUGUUGGCAACACUGUAGGAGAUGCUGUUGAUAAUGUUGGCAACGCUGUAGACAAUGCUGUUGAUAAUGUUGGCAACACUGUAGGAGAUGCUGCUGAUAAUGUCGGCAACACUGUAGACAAUGCUGUUGAUAAUGUUGGCAACACUGUAGGAGAUGCUGCUGAUAAUGUCGGCAACACUGUAGACAAUGCUGUUGAUAAUGUUGGCAACACUGUAGAAAAUGUUGCUGAUAAUGCUGGCAACACUACAGGAAAUGCUGGCAACACUGUAGGAGGUAUUCUCGGUAAUCUUGGCAGCGCUGUAGGAAACGUUGUUGGUAAUGUUGGCAACGCUGUAGGAAACGUUGUUGAUAAUGUUGGCAACACAGUAGGAAAUGUUGUUGAUAAUGUUGGCAACACCGUAGGAAAUGUUGUUGACAAUGUUGGCAACGUUGUAGGAGGCGUUGUUGAUGGUGUUGGCAACGUUGUUGGUGCUUUAGGCGAUAAAGCGAAAGAAGACAUCGAGAAACUAAAGAAUUCCAACAUCUUGGACGUUCAAAUUUUGCAAGACGGUAAACUGAUUGCUGUUGGCGUACUUGACGACACUCUUAAUCUGGAAAUCAGCAAAGACAAACCUCUCUCAGUUGGAGUCGGUAACUUGAUCAGCUUAGAUGUGACCAAACCCAAGCAAACCACCGCGUAAUUAAGAAGUUACAGCGACCUGAUCGGCUGCCCACGAUGCGACUACUUGCUCCCGUCGUGGAUCUCAACUGAACAAUGGCAUUCGUUAAAAUAUUUUCAAAUCUCUCAUCGCAGUCGUAUCCAUGCUGCGUGAACAAUACAGACACUGUCUGUCUGAAGUUGUUGUGUGCAACCUUACAGUGUCUUCUAUAUACUGUUCUAUUUCCUUGGCAUUACAAGUUUAUAGACUGCGUGUGGAUUUUGGUAUAUUUAUGUAUGUUUAAUAAAAAAU